AUGUCAUCCGUGGAUCUGGUCUUGUCGGCUGUUGGCAUAGCAGACCUCUGUUUACAGCAUGGAAAAAAGCUUAUGACAGCGUACCAAGAUUUCAAAAGUGCCGAUGAGCAAGUGAGAGAACGAAUCCUUCGCGUGCAAUCAGUUUGGGCUCGUUUAGAGAUCCAAAUCCAAUUUCUGAAACAGGUAGCGAAUACAUUGAAAAGAGAGCAUUGCAUAAUCCACAUGGAGGUCUUCGAGAUUCUAAAGAGCAAAUUAUCAAGGGCAAUCACAAAGAUCGAACCUGUGCUCAAGGAAGGCGCGAAUUUCGGCAUAAAAAAAUGGAGAUAUCCGUUCCUUCGAGAUGCAAUCGACGAGGCCAUUUCAGAUCUAGAUCAAUGGCAGCGUAUUUUCGAUCCAACAUGGUAUUUAAUUUUUCUUAUUGGAGAUGAAGUUAUUGACAAGAAGUUGUCAACAACGUCUCCUCUUCCACUAACUACUUCAAAUGAGUCGUUACAGACGGAGACAGUUUAUAAGAACUCGCCUCUGGUUCCAGCUCAGAGAUUUCGAAGCAGCCUUGAUUGGGGACAAGCAGUCCAGAUUAAAUACACCAACAUACGCCUUAUCCCACGGACAGCAUCAAACAAGACGAGAUUCGCAGUUGACACAAUCAUAUGUGACCAAACUCUCGAUGUCACUAGAGCUAGAGCCGAUGGGGAGUCUCUAGCCAAGAAACUCUCCCAAUUAAAUCACCGCGCCUCGGGACUCCUUCGUUGCUUCGGGUUUAUUAAGAGAAAAGACCCAGAGAGUCGAAAACUUGUCUCACUGCAUUUGGCCUUUAGUUUAUGGACGGAAGAUUCUAAUCCAAUGUGCUUGCGACACCAUCUAUUGUAUAGCACAGGCAUUAGCUUAACUACCAUCUUGAAUAUGGCUCGUCAGUUGGUCAGUGCUGUCAGCUACAUCCACACAUGUGGCUGGGUUCAUAAAAAUAUCCGCCCAGAGACAAUACUUAUACUUCCAGAAGACAAUGCUACAAAUCCUAAUGAUUUGGGGCCUGCUUAUCUUUUAGGCUUCAAUUCAUUCCGUAGCGUCAAUUUUCGCACAAUGAGGACUGGCGACGAAGAAUGGGACCGGAACCUUUACCGCCAUCCAUCACGACAAGGACUAUCCGCCCAAGAGGACUACAUCAUGCAGCAUGAUGUAUACAGUUUAGGAGUUUGUCUCUUAGAACUAGGUCUGUGGGAAAGCUUUGUCUCUUAUGACAGAGAUGUGGGAGAUGCGAAGCACGAGAAUAAGCAGCCUUCGGCCAGUUUGGGUCUGGGUCUAGACAAUCUUCAAUUUCAAGCAGAGGGAUCAGCGGUCUCAUCCAAGAUAAAAAACCACUUGGUCAAUCUUGCAAGACUCAAGCUACCAUCACGAAUGGGCGACAAAUACACGUCUGUUGUUGUUACUUGUCUGACAUGUCUAGAUCAAGGGAACGAAGACUUUGGAGACGAUGAAGAAAUGCGCGACGACGACGGUAUAUUAGUCGGGGUUCGAUUUAUCGAGAAGGUCUUACUUAAAGUAAAUGAGAUAGCAUUAUAG